GGAGGCGGCGGCUAAUAACAGUGGCGCAGCGCUGCUUGUUGACAGACCUCUCAGCCGCCUGACGGGCCCCGGGCUCCCUGCACCGCCGCCAUGUCCAUCUUCACCCCCACCAACCAGAUCCGCCUCACCAACGUGGCCGUGGUGCGCACCCGGCGCGCCGGGAAGCGCUUCGAGAUCGCCUGUUACCGUAACAAAGUCAUGGGCUGGCGGAGCGGGGCUGAAAAAGACAUUGAUGAAGUUCUACAGACCAACACAGUAUUUGUAAACGUCUCUAAAGGUCAAGUUGCAAAGAAGGAAGAUCUCCUCAAAGCUUUUGGAACUGAUGACCAAACAGAAAUCUGCAAGACGAUUUUAACAAAAGGGGAGUUGCAGGUAUCUGACAAAGAGCGACACACACAGUUGGAGCAGAUGUUUAGAGACAUUGCAACUAUUGUCGCUGAGAAAUGUGUGAAUCCUGAAACAAAGAGGCCAUACACAGUAAUCCUUAUAGAAAGAGCCAUGAAGGAUAUCCACUAUUCUGUUAAACCAAACAAGAGCACCAAACAGCAGGCUUUGGAAGUGAUCAGACAGUUAAAGGAGACUAUGCAGAUUGAGCGGGCUCACAUGAGACUGCGGCUUAUUCUCCCAGCAAAAGAGGGCAAGAAGCUAAAAGAGAAGCUCAAACCACUGAUCAAAGUUAUAGAGAGUGAAGACUUCGAUGAGCAGUUAGAAAUUGUGUGCCUCAUUGAUCCAGGCUGCUUCAGGGAGAUCGACGAACUGAUCCGGUGUGAGACUAAAGGGAAAGGCUCGCUCGAAGUGCUCAGUCUGAAAGAUGUGGAAGAAGGAGAUGAAAAGUUUGAAUAAAACCCUUCCACCAACAUCACUUUUGUGGCAAACACUAUAAAGAGGCAGAGUUAGGCCACCUCAUUCUGUUAAGGUUUUUGUUUUUCCAACCUAUUGCUGCCAAAUAAUUGCUGUCACUAGCUCUAUUUGGGAUUAUUCCAGGCCAUGUUUCCUUGCAUUUGUCUGGGUAACAAGUGCCUUUUAAUAAAGAGGUGUUUGAGUGUUCGAUUUGCACUAAGCAUAAAGUUAUAGGACUUAACAGUGAAAGGCUAUACUAGCUUUGUUUUGGGUAUUGAUUAUAUUGGUGUUCAUCUGCGCCAAGCCCUUUUCCCUUUAAUUUAGUGCUGGGUGGAAGGCUGCAUCUAUCCCAGAGCUGUUUAUUGCGUAUGAGGAGAAACAUGCACAGACAAAAGAAUUAAAUGAAGUGUCACUCUUAAAACAGUGCAUUGAGUUACUGUGUAUAUUAUUAACCUUGUUUAAUGGCAGCAUUAAACAUGAGUGACCUAGACUGCCACAUGCUACUGCUAGAGAAAUUUCACUAUUUGUAAAUAGACCACUCUUAUAUAUUUUAUUCAUGGGAUACAUGCAAAAUAUACAUCCUAACCUGGAGAAAAGUGUUCCCCUAAUUCAUUCUUUCAACUGUUAAAUGAAUUAUAAUAUAUAUAAAGUAUUUUAUAGGAUCUGGCACUAGUGUAGUGGUCCUUUAUGCUUCUGUGAGGCUGAAGCUGUGCUCCCAAAAUAUGCAAAAAUUCACUACUAAAAUAAACCUGAUCUAGACUAGGUAAAGGAAUCUGCUCCUUGAGAUAGAGAAGCUCCCAGCGUACCUUAGUUUUCCCCUGCUGGACUUGUAUAUGUUCCUUUCCUUAUCCAAGAUAAAAGCCAAAAUGCUUUAAACCUC